AUGGAGAGGGUUGAAGGGCUGUUGAAGAACCUGAAGCUGUCGAAGAGGGAGAAGAAAGGAGUCAAGAUCGGGUGGAGGGGAUCUGGGAAGGCCGGGGUAGUGGAGCCUCAAGCCUUAGCGAAGCUGCUGUCUGAAAAACCUGUGUUUGUGGAGGCGAUGGCUGAAACCCUAGGCAGGAUUUGGUGCCCAAUCAAAGGAAUAGACUGCAAGGACGUAGGAGACAAUACAUUCCUGAUCACUUUUGGGCAUGAGUCGGGCAAAAAGAUGGCACUAGAGAGCGGACCUUGGGAGUUUGGAAACGAUCUGUUGGUGAUGGAAGACUUUGUACCCGCGAAGAUGAUAAAGGAUUACACCUUUGAGACAACACCGAUAUGGGUUCGGAUCUUGCGUCUACCCCUUGGUAUGACGAACAGAGAAGUUGGAGAAGCCAUCGGACAGGAGAUUGGGGAGGUCCUUGACGUGGAAGCUAGAGCAGAUGCAUCUCUAAACCCACCCAAGACUCACAAGCCAAGCUCACUACUCCUACGUGCUACGUGCUUAACCAUCCCGAUCGAAGCCAAGCGCAAUGGCGUCCUCCAGCAAGGCCUGCGCCACCGCCACCCUCCUUCUGCUGCUGGCCCUCGCCGUCGCCACGGCUGCCGGCGCGUCGAAGCGGAGCAUCGCGUCGGAGGCGAAUCCGAGGCCGGUGGGGAAGGUCAUCGUGACGGAGCCCCUGGUCCCGACGUCAGCGCCGGCCGGCGCGGCGAAGCGCAGCAUCGCGUCGGAGGCCAACCCGAGGCCGGUGGGGAAGGUCAUCGUGACGGAGCCCCCCAUCCCGACGUCGGCGCCGGCCGGCGCGGCGAAGCGGAGCAUCGCGUCGGAGGCCAACCCGAGGCCGGUGGGGAAGGUCAUCGUGACGGAGCCCCCGGUCCCGACGUCGGCGCCGGCCGGUGCGGCGAAGCGGAGCAUCGCGUCGGAGGCCAACCCGAGGCCGGUGGCGAAGGUCAUUGUGACGGAGCCCCCGGUCCCGACGUCGGCGGAGGUGGACGUUUCGGCGACGUGCGGUCGCUGCUGGAGCUGAGCCCGUGCCUGGCCUUCUUCAGGGACGCGGGCACAUUGAAGGCGCCGGCGGGGUGCUGCAAGGGCGGCGGCAUCGUCCAAGACCAGCCGGCGUGCCUGUGCCACAUCUUCAACCACACCCUGGAGCGGGCCAUCGGCGUCGACAUCCCCGUCGACCGCGCGCUCGGCCUCAUCAGCGACGUCUGCCGCCUCACGCUGCUGCAGGACAUCAUGAGCAGCUGCGACGGCGGCGUGCCGGCGCUGUACGUGUGCCCGGCGCCCUCGGCCUGAAUCGCGCGCCUGAUAUCUGUCGAUCCAGGAGGAGAUGCGUGAGUAAAAGGUGGCAGCCCCUCUUCCAAGUAAGACGAAAGAUGCAUACGAAUGCAGCUUAUCAUAGAUACUCCAUACUAAUUGGAGUUUCGAAUUAGCAACACAUGGAAAGGAUAUGAUACUAGCUACCAUAUCGAUCUUGGGCACACUCUGGUUACAGAAGUAUGUACUGUCUCGACGCAUAAUGAUCAAUAUAUAAGAAACAAAUAAUAUUAUAUA